AUGGCUUCUCCAAACUACGUCUUCUCUAUCUUCGCCUUCCUUGGCUUCAUUAUUAGUAUGAUUCCGUUCUACUGGCAUAUGGAAGCAUGGAAUAUUGGGACGUGCUCGUACAUGCUAUGGGUUGGAUUUGGGUGUUUCAUGUACUUCAUCAAUUCUAUCGUCUGGAACGGGAAUGCUAUAAAUUGGGCACCAGUCUGGUGUGAUAUUUCGUCUCGGUACAUCAUCGCCUUGACUGUCGCGAUUCCCAUCUGUUCUCUGUGCAUCAACCGCCGGCUAUACUAUAUCGCAACAUCGGACGCAGUCAUGUACUCCAGGAAAGAGAAACGCCGUGCGAUCAUAAUCGAUCUGGCGAUGUGUAUUGGUGUGCCAGUGUUGGAGAUGAUAAUUGCCUACAUACCGCAAGGGAACCGCUUCAAUAUCUACGGUGAUAUCGGCUGCAUGCCCGCCAUUUAUCAGACUUGGGUCGCAGUGGUCCUGUAUCUUUUGCCGCCCAUUCUCAUUGGUUGUGUCUCGGCCGUGUACUGUAUUCUGACCAUCAUCGCGUUCAACCGACGCCGGUUGCAAUUCAAGGAAGUCCUAUCUGCUCACUCGAAUUUGAGCUCAAGUCGUUACUAUCGCCUCAUGUUCAUGGCUUCGGUGGACCUGAUGUUGACGGUUCCACUUGCGACGUACAUUCUCGUAAUGAACACGCAUGACUUGCAGCCCUGGAUCAGCUGGGAGAACGUGCAUUUCGAUUUCUCUCGUGUGGAUCAAAUACCGGCAAUUCUCUGGAGGUCGGUGUCUGCGGGAACGCUCCUCGAGCUGCAGCGGUGGUUAGUUGUCAUGGGUGCAUUCGUGUUCUUCCUACUCUUCGGCUUUGCGGAUGAGGCCAAGAAGCACUACCGAGCCGCCUACAGCUCCGUUCUCAAGCGUGUUAGUAGCAGUUCUCUUGGCUCUACGAACCUUGGCUCGAAGUGGACCUCCAGUGGCAACGGCAGUCUACCUGUCUUUAUCGAGAAGAAGGUUGUCAAGAAGCACGACUCGUCGGAGUCCUUCACCGACAUGUCGUUAUCGCAUUCCAAUGACUCCAAGGAGAAGUCCUUCUCCGGUGAUAUGUCUUUCGGCGCGUACUCUUUUGCUGAUGUGGGCGGUGCCCUCAGCAGCACCCCUCCCAAAGAUCCCUUCGCGCCGAAGUCCAUUGUCACCUCGUCUUCUUCUUCCGUGAUAUCAGAUUCAUCGUCUUCGACGCCGCCGAAAUACACUUCCCAGGAAGACCUCACCAUCGAGAUCUCCUCUGUUCGUCAUCUCUCCAUCAUCGAACCUGCCGUCCCGCCGCGCACCUUGGACCUUUCCAAUAUUCCAAGACAUUUAGUUGACCUGCCGAAGCCAGUUGGAGCGAACACACCCGAUGUCGUAUGA